UUGUGCCAGCCGCCACAGGACGGACGCCAUGGCCCGCAAGAGCAAGCCGUCGUCGCGCCCAAACACGUUCUACGUGACGAUGGACUCGGACGGAUUGUAUAGCUGCCCUGGCGAAGCCUGCGCCCACCGCGCGGGCGAGUGGCAGCUCCUCUACAGGCACGUCGUGACCAAGCACGACGACUUUAUCAUCGACAAGAACCUCGGCGCCGACGCGACCGUCGCGGUCUUCCAGCGCCCGAACCGCGAACUCCAAUGCCCCAAGUGCGCGUUCCGCAGCGAGUCGCAUGCGAGCGUGAAGCAGCACAUCAAUAUCAACCACGCGGGCCUCGGCGUCGCAUCGGACCUCGUACAAAUCGAGGAUCGGCCCGUGCCGUUCCGGUGCCCCGACUGCUCGUACGCGAGCACCGAGUGGCCAAAACUGCAGAAGCACUGCGUCUCUCGCCACAAGCGAACCCUGCCCGACGAGCCGAGCUACGCGCUGCCCGCCUUUGAUCGGACGGUCGGCGCGCCCGUGUACGACUGCCCCAACGAGCGCUGCCUCUUCGAGACGACCGAUUUGCUGGCUCUGCAAGAGCAUCUCAAAGCGGCGCAUUCUGGAAAGAAGCGCAAGGCGCGCGAUCCGUUCCCGCGGUACCUCGUCCCGCCCAAGGGUCCGUACACGUGUCCAGCUUGUUCGGUCUCGAUCCCGAGCUGGCCAACGCUGCUAGCGCAUGUGACGAGAGAGCAUUUGGAUGCCUUUGCCGUCGAUCGGCCGACGACAUGCAAGGGCCGCGAGCUACAGUGUCCCGUCACCCGCUGCGGCUACAAAUGCAAGACGACGGCCUUGAUCGACGACCUCGCCUCGCACUGCGAGAGCGCUCACGGCUACAGCUGCGCCAAGGCUUCGGGCGUCGCAACCGUCGUGCCGGCGCGGCGCGGGCGGCAGCCGGUGUACGCAUGUCCUCUGUGCAGUUUUGAGACGGGCCUCGCCGCGUCGCUCCGGUACCACUCGGAGGACGUCCAUGGGCGCAAGGUCGCCAUCAAGCACGCGCCCAAGCAAUUAUCCCAAGGCACUGACAUCGCUGUCAACGCUGCGAUCACGGACGAGGGCGACUUUCGAAUAGUGGCGCCCGUCGCGGCCGGCGCCGAGAUUAUCUUUCAAGUGUCGUCGCGCUAA